GAAAAAGGAUUUUUACCUCACUGUAACUACACUUGGGACCUAAAAAAUAUACUUGCACACAGGUCCACAUCUGCCUCCCCAUGCAGAACUCCAUGAAAUGAGUAAAGCACCUCAGCCUAUAACCGGACCCCCCUCUGCCCCACACCCUGCACCCUCCCCUGGCCUUUCACAGCCCUCAUUUCCCCCUGGGGGGCCAGUUGUAUUUGCAACUCCUGCACCUCCACAAAUGAACCCCACACCACAGCCCCGACAGUUUGCCCCAGGGCCCCGACCUUUACACCAACAGGGAAGCUUCAGGUCGCUACAGCCCUACUAUGCCAACAGGGCCAGCCUGCCUCCCAGCAGCGGGCCCCGAGGCAUCCCACCCAGCAGUGCUCCUCGCUCUGUGACACCCACCCAUGUUUACCAGGCGGGCCCUGGCUCCCAGAUGAUGAUGAUCCCUCAGCAGCAGUUGCCUUUUGCCAGUUCACCACAAGGACCUGCUUAUUUCAUACCAGGACAGUACCGGUCUCCCACCUACGUGGCCACACCUCAGCAAUACCCUGUCUCGACAGGCACCCCAGGCUUCUACCAAGGCACCAGCCCGGCGGAAUAUGGUACUUAUGCAGGGGCCUACUACCCCACACAGCCUCAGUUCACCCCGCCGGUGCAAGCAGCACCCGUCAUUAUGAACCCAGCGCCUCAACAACAGCAACCGCCACCUCAGCCUUCCCAGCACAUUCACACCAAACGGGAACGCAAACAGAUCAGAAUAAGAGACCCCAAUCGAGGCGGUCAAGACAUCACAGACGAGAUUAUGUCAGGGGGCCGUAGUGGCUCUACACCAACACCACCACAGUCAGCCAUAUCUGUAUCAGAGAGUUCAGCGCCGCCUCAGGCUAACGGUGAGAGCAUCACAGCUGCUGCGACACCAGUACUGAAUAGACCCGAUGACGGAGCAAAACCUACACCUCCUCCUCUGUCACAGACACCUGAACCUGCUAAGACUGACCCCUUUCCCCCAGAGACCACCUCCAGCAACACAAACACCAAGAGACCUGCCCUUCCUCUUAUGUCAGAAUCAAGAAACAACCCUCUCAACUCUGUUUCCACGCUGGAACACAGCGCUCCUGUUGCAGAUGUGAUGGAUGCUCCCUUGGCUCCAAGGGAAUCUGCACCAAUCCCUCAAUCAGGACCUGAGGUACCUGCGUACCCUGCACCCCUUCCUGACUCGGUUACUACUUGCUCUGCACAGAACAUCGUGGACAUGAUGGUCCAAGAGGCGAAUGAGGAAGAGUUGACAGAAGAAGAAACCACAGUGGAAGAGGCCGAUGCUUCUUUAGACACAUCCAGUGUUCAGCCCUCGGGCACUAAUGGUGUGGCUGAGGUGGAGCUAGUGGGGCCGUCGGUCACGUUACCACCCUGUCACUUGGAGGACCCACUAGAGUCUCCCAUUGCUCAGCCGGAGGAGCUACGUCUGCCCAACGGCCUCCCACUCCCAGCUCCUGGGGACCCCGAGGCUCCUGCUGUCAACACAUCAGAGCAUGACGACAGCCCCAUAGCUGAGCCGGAUGUCAGUACGCAGCCUGACACGCUGACCUCUGUUACUGAAGCAGCUUCAACUGUACCGACUGACCAGUCAGCGCCUGCACACGCUGUUGAGGAAGUUCAUGUCGAAGAGGCUGUCCAGGCGGAAGCCCAGCCCGAGGCACAAGAUACAGUUCACAAGGCUGUCCUGGAUGAUCAGGAAAACGCUCCUGAGCCCCAGUCUAACACCAGGGAAGAGACAUCAUCUCCUGCAGAACCUGUUUCCACAUCUGAUAAGGUGCCAGAAACCACGCCUGCCUCUCCCCCUCCUGCUGCAGAGGAGAAAGUGGACACCCCAUCUACCCAAACCAUCACCCCUACACUUGUAGAGACUAUUAUGCAAGCUGCUGUUUCUGUGCCAAAGAAGAAAAGGAAGAUGAAGGAUCUGAACAAAAAGGAGGCUGUGGGAGACCUCUUGGAUGCCUUUAAAGAGGAGCAGGUAGUUGUGCGUCCCAAACCUGAGCCGGCCCCAGCACCAGAGCCAAAGCCCGCUGCUGCUUCCCCUCCUGCUCCAGAGGAGGCAGACCUAACCUGGGAGGAUAAGGAGGACAAGCUGGACGCCGAGAACAUUCAGCCCGAUUCUGAGAAUUCAAAUGCCACAGACAAAAAGUAUCAGUAUAAAGAAGAACAAUGGAAGCCAAUCAACACAGAAGAGAAGAAGAAAUAUGACCGAGAGUUUCUUCUGGGAUUCCAGUUCAUCUCAGCCAGCAUGAACAAGCCUGAGGGUUUACCAGCCAUCAGUGAUGUUGUCCUAGACAAGGCAAACAAGACUCCUCUUCGUCAGCUCGACCCAAGUCGCCUUCCAGGGAUGAACUGUGGUCCAGACUUCACCCCCUCCUUCGCCAACCUUGGCAGGCCUGGCAUGGGAGGAGGAAGCAGAGGGCUGCCUCCUGGGAUGGGCUUAGGGGUCGGCGGUGCUCGUCGCUCUCAGCAGGUUCAGAGAAAAGAGCCGAGAAAGAUCAUUACCAGCAUGUCGCUGAACGACGACGUGCAGCUCAACAAGGCGGAAAAGGCUUGGAAACCGUCGAUGAAGAAGCCGACUAGAGGCCGUGUGGCGGAGGAGGUUGUGGAGAAUGAUCCCGAACAGAUAAAAACCCAGGAACUGUUCAAACGAGUACGCAGUAUCCUCAAUAAGCUCACCCCUCAGAAGUUUCAGCAGCUCAUGAAGCAGGUGCAGGAACUGACUGUUGACACUGAGGAGAGGCUGAAGGGAGUCAUCGACCUCACCUUUGAAAAGGCCAUCUCUGAGCCAGACUUUUCAGUGGCCUACGCCAACAUGUGCCGCUGUCUUUCAGGGCUUAAAGUCAUAACCCCAGAUAAACCGGCCUUAAAUGUGAAUUUUCGCAAGUUGCUGCUAAACCGGUGUCAGAAGGAGUUUGAGAAGGAUAAAGAUGACGACGAGAUCUUUGAGAAGAAGCAGAAGGAGCUGGAGGCUGCUUCCGGGGAAGAGGAGAAACAGCGACUUAUUGAGGAGCUAGAAGAGGCCAAAGACAAGGCCAGGAGGCGCUCCCUGGGUAACAUCAAGUUUAUCGGUGAGCUGUUCAAGCUCAAAAUGCUCACAGAGGUCAUCAUGCAUGACUGCAUCGUAAAGCUGCUCAAAAACCACGAUGAGGAGUCCCUGGAGUGCCUGUGCAGACUGCUGUCCACCAUUGGCAAGGACCUAGACUUUGAGAAGGCCAAGCCUCGUAUGGAUCAGUACUUCAACCAGAUGGAGAAAAUAAUAAAGGAGAGGAAGACCACCUCCAGGAUCCGUUUCAUGCUGCAAGAUGUGCUGGACCUUCGACGGAAUAACUGGGUUCCCCGGCGAGGCGAUCAGGGGCCCAAAACCAUCGACCAGAUCCACAAAGAUGCUGAGCUGGAGGAACACAGGGAGCAGAUGAAGGUGCAGCAAGCUCUCAUCUCUAGGAAAGACUCUAGUGGGGGUCCAGGAGGUAGAAUGAGUGGAGGUCCAGGAGGUCGGGGUGGCCCUCACACCCCGGGUCGUGGAGCACCUCCACAGGAUGAGGGCUGGAACACGGUACCCAUCUCCAAAAACCGACCCAUUGACACGUCUCGCCUUAGUAAAAUCACUAAGACACCAGUUCUGGACUUCAACAAUCAGUUGCUCGCCCCAGGAGGUAAAGGCACCUGGGGCAGCUGGGGUAAGGGCAGCAGUGGUGGCAGCAGCUCCAAACCUGCAGAUUCUGGCCCAGAGUCAGGAAGCCGUCUGGCCCCCAGCACUCCGAACAGGUUCUCCGCCUUACAGCAGUCUUCAUCGCUGUCUGGAUCUUCACUAGAAUCUGAUAGAAGAGUUCCUCAGAGAAACAGCUCGAGUCGAGAGCGCAGCGACCACUUCGAACGCUCUGAUCGAAGUGGCGAUCGUUUUGACCGACGGGACGAGAGACGAGACGACCGCGAUCGAAACCGGCUUCAGGUCACCAAACAGAGCUUCGGCCGGGAGAAGGAUGAGCGGAGCCGGGAAAGAGGGCAGGGUGGGUCUUCUGAUCCCAUCCGCCGAGUGGCCAGCAUGACGGACGAGCAAAGUCAAAGCAGCAGAGAGCGAGCCCGGAGCAAAGAGAAAGUGAACCAGGAGACAACCGCUGCACCCCCACCCGACCAGACCCCCAGUAAACCUGCCUUGACAGAAGAAGAGGUGGACAAGAAAUCCACAGCUAUCAUUGAAGAGUACCUCCAUAUUAAUGACAUGAGGGAGGCUCUGCAGUGUGUGCGGGAGCUGAACAGCACCGAACUGCUGUUUGUGUUCGUACGAAAUGGGCUGGAGUCGACGCUGGAACGCAGCACCAUCGCCAGGGAGCACAUGGGCCAGCUGCUGCAUCAGCUCAUUAAGACAGGGCUACUGCCGAAACAGCAGUACUAUAAAGGGUUUCAAGUAAUUAUGGAGGUGGCUGAGGACAUGGCGAUCGACAUCCCCCACAUCUUUCUGUACCUGGCUGAGCUGAUCACUCCUAUGCUGCAUGAAGGAGGCAUCCCCAUGGGAGAACUUUUCAAGGAGAUUUCAAAACCUCUGAUUCCUUUGGACAAAGCUGGAGUCCUGCUGGUCCACAUCCUUACAUUACUCUGCAAAGAAAUGAGCCAUAAAAAAGCUGGCACAAUGUGGAGGGAGUCAGGCCUUCAGUGGACCGACUUCCUGCCUGAGGAUGUAGACAUCAACAAGUUUGUUACAGAACAGAACGUUGAGUUCACUCUGGGCGACGAGUCUGAGAAGAGCAGGAAGGAGAUGAGCUCUGCAGAGCUGACCAAGCAGCUGGACCGCUUGAUCCAGGAUAAGGCCAACAACCAGAGGGUCUUUGACUGGGUGGAGGCCAACCUGGAUGAGCAGCAUACAUCUUCCAACAUGUUUGUCAGAGUGCUGAUGACCUGCAUCUGUCAGUCAGCAAUCAUCUGUGAGAACCCGUACAAGGUGGACGGAGAGCAGAUCAAGCAGAGAUCCAAGCUGCUGCAGAGAUACCUGAAAGAUGAGCAGAAGGAGCUGCAGGCUCUCUAUGCCCUGCAGGCCCUCAUGGUGCAGAUGGAGCAGCCCGCCAAUUUGCUGAGGAUGUUCUUUGACACCCUCUAUGACGAGGACGUGAUCAAAGAGGAGGCCUUCUACAAGUGGGAGUCGAGUAAGGACCCCGCCGAGCAACUGGGCAAAGGCGUGGCCCUCAAGUCCGUCACCGCCUUCUUCACGUGGCUCCGCGAGGCCGAGGAUGAAUCCGACAACAGCUAGGAGCAGCUGGGUCGGUCGGACAGGAACCGCCGAGUCGGCUCAGUUUCUGUGGACUUCAGAAGAGUCCAAAAGACCCCCCAAAAAAUAAGUUUCUUGUCUCCAGCAGCGGCUGACUGAACUGAGGGUUUUAUAAUAAAAUAACAGAAGUACAAAGACGAGCAGCAGCGGGGGUCUCAUACAUUUCAGAUGGAAGUGACUGAAACAGUCAUGGACUCGUGAGAAGAGUUGAUCUGAGAUGUGGCAAUGAACUGCUGGUGGAACAGGGCGGGGGGAACCCUUCCCAAUAACGCCCAUGACCCUUUAUACCCCCCACCCCUUCCAAUGUGUCUGUUUGUUUCCUGUGCUUCAAACAAACUGUGGACUGAAAAUGAAGUGCUCUCAGCUGCUUCCUCCUGAACCCAUCAAUGUCUUUUUUUUUUCUUUUUUAUUAUCUCACCUUUAAAACUUGAAUAAAAGACAAAAAUUCACUUUAUUCUGAAAGGACUUUUAGAAAAAAAAACGUUUAACAGUUCAACGUCUAAAGGCCUUUGCUUCCAUGAGAGGAAAUGCAUUUCAAGGAAGUUCUGUAAAUACAUGGAUAGUUUUUCGUCCUGAGGUUUUUGGGGUUUUCUUUUUCCAGGAAAAAUAUGCUACCCCCCCCCCCCUUCCCCAAUGACACAAAGCAGCAGAUUUCUCCUGUAUUUAUACAUUUUGUUUCUCCUCGGUGGGCAGAAGGUGCCUGCAUAUUUAUCCCACCCAUUGAUUUAUAGUUUGGGACAAUUGUACAUACGUUUUUGCUUUACUUUAUUAAAAAGAUAUUUAAUUAAAUAAAAGAUGCCUCUUGUUGCAGAUAAUAAAAAAAAGCUUGUGCCUUUUGUGACGGUAGCAGCAGGGGGGCGGGUGGCUCCCUCCGUUCUGCCUCGCAGCAGAGCAAAGUGCCUGGCUUCACAGCGAUUGCUACAGAACCACGGCUUGGUUUGGUUUUAAGAAGCAGCUUCUGUCUUUGUUCACUCAAAUUGUUCUUUUUUUAUGCUGCAUGAGGACUUGGAACAUGUGGAGCUAAACUAAUCUAAUAUUAAAAUCUGUAAAAUGAG